AUGGCCGCCGCUCAAGUCGAGUCUACGCCGCCGGGCUACGCCCACAGUACCACCACCGUCGAGACGGUCCCCUCGUACAACAUUGCCAGCAGCACGGCCCCCUUCCCCGCCAACCUGCCCUGCUCGCUGAACGUCAAGAACCUCGACCGCAAGCGCGACCCUAUCCUCUUUGUCGACGCCAACGCAGAUGACCGAGUCGUUUUCGAGCUUGUGCAGCUCGAGCAUUCCCGCGAGUCCACCUUCGACGAUUCGCUCUACCAGAACCUCGUCGGCAAUGCAGCUGAGAUCUUCGCCUCACCCAUCAAGGUGGUCGUCUGUGCGGAGCGCUCGACGCCCUUCGCCGUUCGCAAGCACGUCGCAUCCUCCACCUACGAGGUGAUCGAACUCGAGCAGGACGGAAGCUUUGGCAAAUGCACCAAGAUCUCCACCAAGGGUCUCUUCAAGAGCAAGUAUCAUCUCGAGAUGCCCCCUGCUUCCACUGGCGAAUCCUCAUCCUCCUCGGACGAGAUCUACAUCAAGGGCUCGCUCAAGUCGCUCGACGUCUCGCUCCGCCGCAACUCCUCCGGUGCAAAGUCCACCCUUGUUGAGCUCGUCAAAGGUGUCCAUGCGACGCUCGCCCACUUUGAUGCCUCCCUCGCCAGCCUCCCCUCCCACCUUUCCGUGCCGUACCUCGUAGCAGCCCUCUUCGCAGCCAUCGACACGCACCGCGAGCACUACCUCACCUUCACCACCGACGAAAAGCUCGACGAGCUCCAGGCGAAAGUUCGCCCGUCCACGUGGGACAGCCUCUUCCUCCAAGCCGGCCAGACCAGCAAGAAGCAAAAGGAGUUCUCGCAGCAGCUCGAAUCCGAGAGGAGGCGGGACUACAACGAGGCGGUGCACAACAAGAGCGCCUACCCGAACGGCAUCAUUCCGGCGCAGAGGUCGGCGUCCGCGUCGAGGUCUAGGUCGAGGGCCAGGGCUGGGUCUAGAGACGGCUCUCGUGCGGCGAGUCCCGGUCUGCCGAAGGUGGACGAUGAGGUGGAAGCAAAGGACGAUGAGGAGAGAGGCCGUCGUUGA